UAUCCAUCGUACUAUUUUCCAACCUCAAAAGUCCUAGAAUCAAUUUGAAUUCACAUCAUAUCUUUCCUGCAUACCCUUUAGCGCGUUCCUACAAAUCCUCGAAAAUGCCGUGUCGUCCAGGUAUCUCCUCUAUGUCCUUAGGACGAUGCUACGCAGGGCAUAACCUCGAACACAAGCUGUCCAUGGCCGCAAAGCACGGUUUAGAAGGCAUCGAACUCUUCUAUGAGGACUUAGUCGACCAUGCCGGUUCCGAGUCAGCAUCGGAUCUGCUUGCAGCCUCUGCCUCCAUUCGAGACCUCUGCGAUUCACUAAAUCUCGAAAUCAUAUGCCUGCAACCUUUCAUGCACUAUGAGGGAUUACUGGAUAGGAAGAGACACGGCGAACGGAUACAAGAAAUUAAGCUAUGGAUGGAAUUGGCCCAUGUCCUACACACAGAUAUCAUCCAAGUUCCUUCCUCGUUCUUACCACAAGAUCAGAUCUCUUCGGACGUCGAGCUGAUCGCAAGCGACCUCCAAGAGCUCGCAGACCUCGGUCUUCAACAAACACCAAUCAUACGAUUCGCAUACGAAAGUCUGAGCUGGGGAACGUACGUGGAUAAGUGGGAAGUAUGUUGGGAUAUCGUCCAGCGUGUUGAUCGAUCGAACUUUGGUAUCUGUCUCGACAGCUUCAAUAUCUUAGGCAGGAUAUACGCGGAUCCCACUUCGAAUACGAGGAAAACUCCCCAGGCCGAACAGGAAGUCCGCGAAUCGAUACGGCGAAUGGUCGAUCAAAUCAAGCCGCAUAGAGAGAAGAUCUUCUUUAUCCAGAUUGUCGACGCCGAACGUCUGGAACAGCCCUUGGCACCCGGCCACCCAUUUUACAAUGCUGAACAGCCAGCUCGCAUGUCUUGGAGCAGGAAUUGCAGGCUAUUCUAUGGCGAAAAGGAGCAUGGUGCGUACUUGCCGGUUAGGGAUGUCGCACACGCUAUCAUUAAGGAUAUUGGGUUCGAUGGUUGGGUCAGCAUGGAACUGUUCAACCGAGUCAUGAACAAGACAGAACACAGCGUUGUAGAAGAGUUGGCCGAGCGGGCCGGAAAUUCGUGGGAGAGAAUGGUGAAAGACUUGGAGCUUGAUAUUGGUAUGGGCCAUGGCCGAUUAAGAGUGGGGGAAGGCAAUGGUAGGAAGGGAGGUAGUAUUGAACUUGCCACACGGGAAGCCGAGCUUGCACGCUUGUAA